AUGAAUGAAUCCCCCCCCGGCCGAGCUCCCCCCGCCCGGGCUCCCCCGACCCACGGCUUUCCCGUGCAGGUGCCGCGCAGCCAGUGCUUCCUCUUCGACCCCGCGUUCUCCGAGCAGGAGCUGGCCGUGCUGGGCGAGCUGGGCCUGCGCGUCCUCCCGGACAACGAGGAGGGGAAACACCGCGUUCAUGAGUCUGCCACUCUCUUUUAUAUGAUCCACUGCGGAAAAGCUCUGUAUAACAAUCUCUUGUGGAGUAACUGGUCCAUAGGGGCUCUGUCCAAAAUGGUCAUAAUUGGAAACAGCUUUAAAGGAAUUGAGGAAAGACUGUUGUCAAGAAUCCUGGAGAGAGAUUAUUCUUACAUAGCAAAGGUCUUAAAGGGGACAGAGGAAAUUGCAUUUCCAACUCACCCUCAGUAUAUGAAUACAUUUAAUGACACCUCCAUCCACUGGUUUCCCUUGCAAAAACUCAAGGAACUCUCCAGUGAGGUUUGGGAGUUCCUGGAAGAGCCUACUUACCACGAAUGUGACGAGUUGGAAAUCAUCAGAAAGGAAGACAAAGUUAACCUGUGCAGUCCUACUGCAGUGGAGUCUUAACUGUGCUCUGCAACUGGUGCCUUAUUUUGAAGGGCAGCUUCCCCCUUCCCUCAGCAACUGUGUGCGCUCGAGGUUAAGCUCAGGUAUUGACAAUGCCAUCAUCGUCUGCCAAACUUAAAGGUCCGUUUUCAGGUGCUGCUGCUUUUAUGGGACAGAUUUGUCUCUAAAAAGUUAUAAUUUAAUAAACAUAAAAGCUAUGCUGUGGCUUAUGGUCACUUAACUACAGCAAGCUAAUUUAACUGAAAAACUGUUCUAAACCACUCAUACCACUUAGUGAUCACUCUUUUGCACAAUUCAAAGUCUCUGACUGUACUUCUCAUGUUCUGAACUGUCCAAAAGGGGGUGUUGUUUGUGAGGGAUUUAUAGUUCAGGGUGUUAAACUCUAGUUACAAGGGUCUGAGGUUUAGAACAGGCACCAGGUUGAAUGAGCCAGCAGCACACUGUGGCUGGGUUAUGUUUGGUAGCAAAGGGCCAGCCGAGCAAGGGACGCUAUCUGGAUAAGAAUUUUCACUGGCAGCAGUUAGAGGCUGUGAAAUCUCCAUCGCUGUGGAGACUUCUGAGACUCAGCUUGACAAAGCCCUUGCUGAUCUGGUGUUGGUUAACAGCCCUGCUUUGAGCAGAGAACAACCUCCAGAGGUCCCUUUUUACCUUCACUUGCCCAAUGGUGUGAAAGGACAACUGAUGGAUCUGUAUCAGAGGUGGCAAUUACACUAGCAUCAGAACUGCUUGU